AGAGUGGGAAAAAUGGUCACGUGAGCGCGCGCUCCCAUGUCUUACUGCACUCUCCACUCCCCCUCUCCUCAGCAUCAGCAUCAGCGUCCACAGCGAGAAAGUGCGACCUCGCGUUUGUGUCUUCGCACCUCACGUGACAUAAUAAAUUCUACGUAAUAAACCAGGCUUUUUACGUAGUUUUUGGUCACAUACGGAGCCGCCGUGGCCGUGCAGCACGCUCCCGUCAUCACGUCAGGAGGAGGCAGCCUGCUGGUGCUGAAGCUGACGAGGAUGAGGACGAUGAUGGCGGUGACGGAGGAACAGCGCUGAGUUCGCUCCGCUCAGUUUUCUCUCACUUCUUUUCCCUCCCUCUUAGUUCUUUUUUUUUUUUGACUGCAUAAGUAAAACACAAAACGUAGCGAUACAAAAAAGCGACACCGCCGAUUUGACCUAAUACCUUUCUCCACACCCCUCCCGUCUCCUGAGUCGAGACCGAGAUGGGGAACGAAGCGAGCAUGGAGGGUGGCGGGCAGCCCGGGGAGCCGGGAUCCGCUGGGAUGAUGGGGUCGAUGAUGCCCGGAGGACCCUCGCAGGGACCAGGACAGCACAUGAAGCCGGUCAACGGAGCAACUGCCGGUGGAGGAAUGGGAAUGGGAGGCCCCGGGAUGGGAAUGACAAGGGGUCCAAUGGGUUCAAUGGGUAGUCCCAAGCCUGGGAUGCAACAAGGAGGCCAUGGAGGAGGAGGAAUGGGAGGAGGAGGGAUGGGUGGAAUGGGAGGAGGUGGGAUGGGAGGAAUGGGAGGAGGAGGAAUGGGAGGAGGCGGGAUGGGUGGAAUGGGAGGAGGGAUGGGAGGAAUGGGAGGAGGGAUGGAGGAUUAG